AUGGACGAGAAAUGGAGAAAGGGGGCAUGGGAUAGCAGUGAAGAUGACAUUCUCUGUCAAGCGGUCAAAGAAUACGGCUGUCGUUGGACUGAUAUCUCAAAAACCAUUGGGACCCGCAGCCCUGAUCAAUGUGCCAAGCGCUGGCGAAACUCUCUCAAUCCAAACAACUCGCGCGGUGAAUGGACCGAGGAAGAUGAUACUACUCUCAUGGAAGCUGUUCAAAGCUACGGCCAUGACUGGAAAUUAAUCCAUGAGAAGUUCCUCCCUGACAGAUCAAGACUGGACCUGAGCAAUCGGUAUGUAUCGCUUGCUCGACAGCAAAAGAAAAAGCAACCGCGACCAUCUACUACUUCGUCAACAACGAUGCAUUCACAAGACAACCACGCCCAAGCGGAACCCGAGCAGAUGCAUGAUCUGAUACCGACCAGCCCGGAAAACGGCAAGAAGCAGCACGACCCCUUUAUACAGACUAUCUCAACGACAUCCAUGGACGACCAAGCUAUCACUUCAUGGAUCUCGCAAGGUGCACGGGCCGACCCCAUGGAGGUCCUGGACCCUCAACUAUUUCCAGGCGCACUUGGGCAAUACGGGUCACGCAUCCCGCAAGCGCACGACGAUCUGUUCACGACGAUGAAUCCCUACAGCAACAACGAGAGCGACAAAACGAGAUCGGUCCUCAUGUCACCGAACAGCUCCUCUUCCCUCUUCCCUUUCCCCAACGCCACAAUGAGUUUCGACUCCUGGAUGAACCUCAGCCCCACCACGACCUCUCACGCCUUGUCGUCCACGAACGACCGUCAGCAGCAGCCACCUGCCGGCGGUCUCGAGGGCCAGGCCACACUGACGGACGCAAACGUGACGGAGGCGGUGACGCCAUCUUCGUCCAACGGAAUCCAGUCCGUGUUUGCGCCGGGGGAGCGAGGCAAGACGGUGCUGACGCUGGAGAAUCUGGACCCCGAUACCCGGAGCGACGUCCUGGAUUUGCUCUUCAGGCGCAAGAUCGUCACCACCAUCGCGAUAGUGUAG